AAAGUAAUGCGUUACUUUACUAGUUACUUGCUAAAAGUAAUCUGAUUAUGUAACUCGCGUUACACCCAACACUGCGUAGUUUCAAAUUUCACUGCUUUUGUAUAUAUUAAUUAUCUUUAAUUGUAUUCAUGUCUAAUUGCUCAAAGCAUGGUGGACAUUUUUGGCCUUCUGAUGUGUUGUUGAUAUGCUUAUGAGUUUUAAUCCCAUUCCCCGCUCUUCCCCUGCAUUUUCCUGUUGGUUAUCCAAUAAAGACACAGAUGGUAUGGAUGUGUAUCUCCCUUUUUCUGCCCACAGGGGGGGUUCUCAACUUCAGAUGAGAUGUGUUUGGCCUUCCUCUUCUACUAUCCAGCUAUGAAUCUGAGCAGUUGUUGGAGCUUCCCUGAUAUAGAGUCUUUACGUUCUGCAAUGGGAGCAACAGAUAUACUUACCUGGAUCUAUAUGAUGUACUUUAAGACUUGGAAUGACGCAGAGAUCAAUCAAUACCAACAAACACUGAAGACAGUCGAUCAGUUCGCCAUAGUCCUCGACUCGUUUAACAACGGGUCAUACAAAACAAGGACGAUUCCUGAUCUCAAAGUCAUCCCACCUGCACCCUGCAUGAGCGGUUGUGCCAUCAAAAGUCUUGCUUUGAUAUCGCUGCUCCUCUGUUUGGCAGUGCAUUGGACUUCUUCAUGAAAUGUUCAUGCAAACCUGAUGCAACCUGUUGUUCUUUCAUUGUCUGUGAUUAAAAGUCAAUCAUUUUAACUGAGCAAAUAGGCUAACCUAACCAGCAACCUAAGAACCAGAACAACAGAAAAUUUAGCAAAAUAUAUGUAACUUAUUUUAACGAAUCAUAUCAAGAUCUAAACUGACUUUACACUUCUAUUGGUUUACUUUCAGAUCAUUUUAUAAAUAAGUAAAAUGUGAAUAAAUAGAAUAUUUCCAAUCUUGAAUUAUAAUUAAAAACAACAAAAAUGAUUUUUAAGUGUUUUUAAUGAUUUUUAGUGUUUAUGCAUUGGUAUGUCAGAUAAAAUGGUAGACGUGUGCAUAAACGCCCUCUAAUGAAAAUAAUAGACACUGUCAACUCCUUGCUUAAAGGGAUAUAUCACUCGAAAAAUAAAAAUUAAUCCAUCAUUUAUUCA